AUGAGUGAGAACCCGCCUGCCACUCUCACCACUACAGAUGCUCCAACUGGUCCUACCACACCACGCAAAGGGCCUCCCAAGUUCAAGCAGAGACAGACAAGGCAGUUCAAGAGCAAGCCUCCUAAGAAAGGAGUAAAAGGGUUUGGAGAUGACAUCCCAGGCAUGGAGGGACUGGGGACAGAUAUCACAGUGAUUUGCCCAUGGGAAGCUUUCAGCCAUCUGGAACUGCACGAGCUGGCCCAGUUUGGGAUCAUCUAAAGCCCCAGUAUCCCUCCUGCUGUCAACUGGAGACUCCACAAAUCCUAGCAUGGUCUUCAUCACCUUUGACACCUACUUUCGGACCUCACACCCAUCAGCUGACACUUUACAGCUCAUGGRCAGAGUGGCUUUGUAAGCGCUAACUAGGAGCAAUUUCUUUGCAGAUCAGUUUGGCAAAGAAGUUACUCAGGAUCUUGAACAGACCUCAUGCUUCAUGUGAUGAAGCUACUGAAAAUGUCUCAGUAUGUCCCUGUAAAAUAGCCUGUCUUGUCCUUCUGCUGCAGAUCUUCAUGUGUAUGGAGAAAAUGGGAUAGUGCAUUUGAAUUUUCCCCUCGAUUAGCUCAGAUACUCUGUGCAUGAAUGUGCAGGUACAUCCAUACCUAAUUAUACCAAGACCAUCUUUUUCUUCUUUCUUCUCUGACAGAUUUCUAUAUAGGAUUCCUGCAGGUGUAUCCCUAUAUUAUCUGAGAUAUCAAUUAGUUCCUCAGAAUGUAUCUGUAGAAGAUARGGCAAGAGAAUCCCCAGUUCAGAGUAGGCCAUUUUGUGGUAGGAGAGACCUUUCCUGAGGAGAUCACCAUAGGGAAUCACUAGGAUUUAUCUCA